AUGGCAAGACAAGAUGGACCAGAUGUUGGAGCUGCAGCACGAUUUCCUGCAAGGAAUCCUGGUACCACAUCUGUCGGAGCAUCUGACGCCAUAAUGUGUAGAGCAUUCCCCUCUACCUUGAAGGGGGCGGCAAGACAAUCGUUCUCACGCCUCAAGCCGCGCUCCCUGACCAACUUUGUGGGGCUUGGACGGGCUUUUCUUGCCCACUUCGUGAGUAGCAGAGUCCAUAAGAAGAUAGUGGCCAAUCUCUUGUCUAUUAAACAACACCCUGAUGAAUCAAUCAGAAACUUUCUUACAAGAUUCAACAAGGAGGCAUUGGAAGUGCAAAACCUGGACCAGAUCAUGAAAUUCCAAGCUCUACGUAGCAGCAUCAAGGAUGUAGAGUUAAAGAAGUCCCUGAUCAUGGAUGAGCCUAUAAACAUGUAUGAACUCUUCUCACGCUGCAAGAAGCACAUCAACCUGGCAGAAGUUCUUGUAGCCGAAUAG